AUGAUGUCAUUUAACCAUUACGGUUACAACAGUUUGAAAAACGACCAGACCAACAAACGGCUGAGAACGGCCGACUACGACCGGGAGUCGCGGACCACCAACAGUUCCGUGUCGUCGUACGAGGACGGCCGCCGAAAGAACGCCGAAACGCAGCCCAACCACAUACUUCUGUUGACCAUCACCAAAGUGACGUACCCGAUAAACACAGACGUCAUCCACACCAUUUCCAAAGAUCAUGGUAACGUUCUGCGCAUAGUUAUAUUUAGGAAACGCGGUGUACAAGCCAUGGUAGAGUAUGAAGAAGUGGAACAGGCCAUACGGGCCAAGCAACUAAUGGACGGUGCCGACAUAUACCAGGGGUGUUGUACACUGCGAGUGGAGUAUGCCAAGCCGUCCAAGCUGAACGUCUACAAAAACGACUCCGAAACGUGGGACUAUACGACACCAAAUCCAGGGGAGAAGAAAACUGCACCCCUCUUACCGGACCCUCCAAGAGCUCCUCUGAUAUCCACUCGACCUACAUUCCCUCGAUUUGAUUUUGAAUGUCGAGGCGGGCUGUUAUCUACACCUCAUGAUUUACCUAAUAAUAAUUAUGGUGACAGCUAUCCGGCCACGCCUGGACGUUGUGUGCUGAUGGUCUAUGGUCUAGAUCCCGACAAAGCAAAUUGUAAUCGGCUAUUUAAUUUGUUUUGUCUGUACGGAAACGUGGUUAAAAUUAAAUUUUUAAAAAGCAAGGAGGGCUGUGCGAUGGUACAGAUGGACAAUGAAAUGUCUGUAGAUCGUUGUAUGGACAAUUUGAAUAAGCUGACACUUAUUAGUGGUAAUGUGUUACAGCUGCAAGUAUCGAAGCAAAUGUAUUUGUCUGACAUUAUGGUACCAUAUGAUCUACCUGAUGGCACUCCAUCAUUCAAAGAUUAUUCCAACUCAAAAAAUAACAGAUACCAUUCAAAUUCUAACGGAAAAAAUCGGCGUCAGACCCCAUCCAGUGUGUUGCAUUUUUUUAAUGCUCCACCAAACAUAUCAGAAGCUGAUUUAUCUCAGACAAUAAGCAAAGCUGUUAAAGAUGUUGAUCCAAAAAUUAUCAUUAAGAUGUUUCCUCCAAAAGGUACCGAAGCACGUAGCUCUUCUGGACUUGUUGAGUUUACAGAUAUGGCUAUAGCUGUGGAAGUGAUAAUGGCCGUCAACCACUGGCCGAUAAAAUGUGAAUCAUCCAAGUUUCCGUACUUACUCAGACUAUGUUUUUCAUCGCUACCCAAAGGAAUAGCGAAUGCCGAGAUGGCACAGUGA